AUGGAGAUCGCAGGGCUAGUCGUCGGUGUCGCUGGCUUGGCCGGCCUGUUUUCAACCUGCCUAGACGCCCUAGACAAGACUCAGGAGUACCGCAACUCUGCCACGGACAUGCACCACCUUGAGACGCAGUUCCAGGCGGAGAAGCUGCGUUUCCAACAGUGGGGUCGCGAUAUUGGGCUCGAACGUGGGGAAACCCUCAAGGAAAGCCACCACAAAGCACUCGAGGAGGAGAAUACAAGAAAGACGAUCCAAGAGAUACUGCAGAUCAUAUACGCCUUAUGCCAGCCUGGAGAUGGAGGCUCACACCGGCUCAACCUCUCGCCGGGGCACCAGGUAUCCUCGUCAUCGCGGAAACAGAGAGUCGCCUGGGCCUUGUGGGGAAAGGGAAAGCGAGAAGGGGAGGUGAAGUUGUUCAAGGAUCUUGUUCAGAACUUGUACAACCUUGUUCCUCCUGGGUCGCCGGACCGUGAUACCACUGCUGAGCAGGCAUCAAAGGCUAUACUAGUGGAACUAAAGCAACAUCUGCAAUCUUGGCUCAUGGGCUCCUAUUGCACAAACAAUAUAUACCACGAGGCUAUUAAGAAACGGCUGGAUGGUACUUGCAACUGGAUCACGGACCGACCCAAGUUUCAAUCAUGGAUGUCAAAGAAAGACAAAUUCAGCUUACUUUGGAUAAACGGUCCGGCUGGGUUUGGCAAAACAGUCCUCUGCGCUAGAGCGGUGCAAUAUCUAACUGAGACCCUAACGACACCGGUAGCUCAUUUCUUUUUCUCCUCGGAUUUCGAGAGUCAGGCGGAUCCGUUUGUUGUUAUUCGCUCAUGGAUAUACCAGUUGAUUCUCCAAGAUGCGGAUAUUUUUGAUCUGGUCUACGACGCAUGGCUUGAACUGGUCGAUAGACAAGCAGCCAACCACGUCAUCGAAAAGCUCUUUGAGGAUAUUGUGAGUAGCGCACCGAACUGCGUGCUGGUAUUGGACGGAAUUGAUGAAUGCAAAUCUUUGCAUGAACUUGAGCACACCCCAUUCGAAGUGAUGAAAAGAGUCGCAACCAACUACGGCGUCCAAAUAUUGAUUGUCAGCCGAAACGAACCGGAUAUCCGACAUGCUCUUGAGGACGACGGUGGUGUUCAACGCUUCAACGAGUACAAAAUAACCACCCACGAUGUCCGCCAGGACACCGAGUCAUAUUCUCGCAGUAUCGUGAGGAAAAGGCUUUCCAACAAGGCUGAAGACAUCAAGAACGAUGUGUCACAGAGAAUGGCCGCCCGGUGUGACGGCCAGUUUCUCUGGCUAAAGAUGCAAGGUGAUAGCCUGCGGCGCGGCAUGAGUAAAAAACAGCUCGAGCAAGCUAUCAAUAACACUCCCUCCGGCUUGACGCAAAUCUAUGAGCGCAACUGGGAAUCGAUAUCAAGCUAUGAACCGCCGGACAUGAAAAGGGCAUACAAUCUUCUCAGAUGGGCUGCAUUUUCCCUCCGUCCUCUCACAGUCGGCGAGAUUACCGAAGCAGUGUUGAUAGAAGAUGACUCUAGUGAAUUUCCAAUCGAAGAGCUUCCGGACAAGUUUGACGAGGAUUACAUCAACAGUGAGAUUCUCGAUCUAUGCGGCUCUCUGAUUGAGGUGCGUCCAUCACAGUUACAUAUCUUAAAGAAAUAUGUGACUGUGCAUGUUACACAUUUCUCAGUUAGGCAAUAUCUUCUUCAGAAGGUCUCAGGUACUGCACAAGUUUUGGGGGCAAACGGCCGGCUCCAAGCUUCCAAUGAAGUCUUGGAGAACACGUUACUUGCAAAGAGAUGUCUCCAGUAUAUCCAGUUUUCUGGGGUGUGGUUAGGCCUGGAAAAAGACUCGACGGGGACCCUAGGAAAGCAGUUUCGAGAAUACGCGUCUGAUUCUUGGUUUAGGCACGUGAAUUCAGGAUCCCAGGAGAUACUCGCUCACACAGUCAAUGGGUUCCUCGAAUUUAAAUCAGCUUCUUCGCGUAGAUGGCGCUUGUGGCUUGAUCGAGAAAUGGUGAAGCAAGAUGUAUUCGACAAAUGGGCUCAGAAAUUCCGCACACGUAGAAGAUCAAAAACCAACCGUCUCUGCUACGCUACUUGGCUGGGUCUACAGUUCAGUGCCAUUCAUAUGGUAGAGAGUGAGGAUCAUGACAUAGAUGGAUGCGACCAGCUCCAUAGGAGCCCUCUUGCGAUCAGUUGCAGGUUUGGUCUUACUGGAAUCGCGCGCAUCUUACUAGACGCAGGGGCCAGCAUGACAACCACAGAUCUCAUGAAACAAACGCCGUUGUACAGUGCAGUACAAUAUGGCCACAGGGAUAUCGUUCACAUGCUGCUUGAGAAAGGCGCAGAUUGCAACGUACAAAACGAGGAUGGCUGGACGCCGCUUAUUGUUGCGUUUGAACGUGGUGACAUAGAGUUGGCCAGGAUGAUGCUUGAAAAUGGCGCAGACUUGAACGCUGCAGGCGGAGAUGGUUGGACCCCCAUUCUGUUAGCCGCAAACUCAGGUCAGAUUGACAAUGUUAGAUUUCUUCUUGGGAAGGGUGCAGACUUGGAUUUGGUGAACAAGGAUGGAUGGACGCCGGCAUUUGCUGCUGCGAGUGCUGGCCAUCUUGAUAUCCUCAAGCUGCUCGCCGAAAAUGGAGCGGAUAUCAACAACGCUACCGCAACAGUCUGGCCCUCCCUUAAUGCGGCUGAUCACAGCAGACAUGGCAAUAUUCUGUUGUCUUUGUGUGACUGGGGAGCCGAUAUGCCUCGUUCUCAUGUGAGGGGGUGGGCACCUCUUCACAUUGCUGCAAGAAAUGGACAUACGGAUAUGGUUCAGUUCCUUAUAGACAAUGGCGCAGAUGUUUCACUCAGGGAUAGCGACGGCCAGACACCGCUCUUGAUGGCAGCGAGCAGAGGCCACCUCGGUGCGGCUCAAGUUCUUGUAUCAAGUGGAGCAAAUGUAGAUGUGAAAGACAAUGCUGGAUGUACGCCGCUGUUUGGGGCUGCCUUUGAGGGCUAUCUUGAUCUCGUCAAGUUUUUUGUUGAGCAGGGGGCAAGCCCACAUGCAAAAAUCGUUCCCGGAUGGACGCAGCUGCAUGGAGCUGCUUCUUCCGGCCGCUUCAACGUUCUCAAAUACUAUUUUGAAAAGUGGAACGAGUUGUGCGGAGAAGAUGAUGGGCUUUCGAUGCCUCUUCAGUAUGCUUCACGCCUCGGUUCAAUCAAUCAAUUAAUGAAGCCAAUUGCCCAUCUAUCAUACGGGGUAUCCUGA